ACUCUUCCCUAUUAAAAUUAAUUUCUCUCCAACCCAAUAAUUUAAGAAACCCUAAUCUAUUUUGAUAUGAGAGGGAGAUAUGUAUCUGAAACUCUCUCUCUCCAGAACAAACCUCAACUCUUCUCUCUUCUUUCUGAAUUUCUUUCCUCCCAGAAUUCGACCGUUGGGCCUUCCAACGGCCACAGCUUCUGAAUUUCCCGCUACCCUUUUCAAAUUUCUCAAUUUCUAUUCUUCUCUGCCUCUCCCUCUAGACCACUCUGAUUACAUCCCUUAUUCUGGGUUUGAUUUCGAUUCGUUCUUCUCAUCGUUACUCGAUCAUUCAGUCCACAAGAGGCAUUUGAAUCAAAUCCAUGCACAGUUGGUGGUGUCUGGACUUGUGGAGAGUGGCUUCUUGGUGACUAAAUUUGUGAAUGCGAGCUGGAACAUUGGGGAAAUUGGCUAUGCGCGUAAGGUGUUCGAUGAAUUUCCUGAACCAAGUGUGUUUCUGUGGAAUGCCAUCAUCCGGGGCUAUUCUAGCCACAAUUUGUUUGGUGAUGCGAUUGAAAUGUAUUCAAGAAUGCAAGCUUCGGGGGUGAGUCCAGAUGGGUUUACUCUUCCUUGUGUGCUUAAGGCUUGCAGUGGCGUGCCGGUGCUUGAAGUGGGUAAAAGAGUGCAUGGUCAGAUAUUUAGACUCGGGUUUGAAUCCGAUGUGUUUGUGCAGAAUGGUCUUGUCGCGUUGUAUGCCAAGUGUGGUAGAGUCGAGCAAGCCAGGAUUGUGUUUGAGGGGUUGGAUGAUAGGAAUAUUGUUUCAUGGACUUCGAUUAUUUCAGGGUAUGGACAGAACGGCCUGCCAAUGGAAGCUUUGAGAAUUUUCGGGCAAAUGAGACAACGGAAUGUGAAACCAGAUUGGAUUGCUCUUGUGAGCGUUCUCAGGGCCUAUACUGAUGUAGAGGACUUGGAACAAGGCAAAUCCAUCCAUGGCUGCGUGGUUAAAAUGGGUCUUGAAUUUGAACCAGAUUUGCUCAUUUCCCUUACAGCCAUGUAUGCUAAAUGUGGACAAGUGAUGGUUGCCAGGUCCUUUUUUGAUCAAAUGGAGAUACCGAAUGUGAUGAUGUGGAAUGCCAUGAUUUCUGGUUAUGCAAAGAAUGGUUAUACUAAUGAAGCAGUAGGACUCUUCCAGGAGAUGAUUUCCAAGAACAUCAGAACUGAUUCUAUCACUGUGCGUUCGGCUAUUUUAGCUUGUGCGCAGGUGGGAUCACUUGAAUUAGCGAAAUGGAUGGGAGACUACAUCAAUAAAACGGAGUAUAGAAAUGAUGUUUUUGUCAAUACAGCACUUAUUGACAUGUUUGCAAAGUGUGGAAGUGUAGAUUUGGCUCGUGAGGUAUUUGAUCAAACACUGGAUAAAGAUGUUGUGGUUUGGAGUGCUAUGAUUGUAGGAUAUGGAUUGCAUGGGCGGGGCCGAGAGGCCAUUGAUCUUUUUUACGCAAUGAAGCAAGCUGGGGUGCGCCCCAAUGAUGUCACCUUUGUUGGGCUUCUAACAGCAUGCAAUCACUCAGGCCUUGUAGAAGAGGGAUGGGAGUUUUUUCACAACAUGAAAGAUUACGGAAUUGAGGCUCGCCACCAGCAUUAUGCUUGUGUGGUUGAUCUUCUUGGCCGAUCAGGGCAUUUGAAUGAAGCCUAUGAUUUUAUCACGACCAUGCCAAUUGAACCAGGUGUAUCAGUAUGGGGAGCACUCUUGGGCGCAUGCAAGAUCUAUCGCCAUGUGACAUUAGGAGAAUAUGCUGCAGAACAGCUUUUCUCACUAGACCCUUUCAACACAGGCCAUUAUGUGCAGUUGUCAAAUCUCUAUGCUUCAUCUCGCUUGUGGGAUAGUGUUGCCAAGGUUCGCAUACUGGUGAGGGAGAAAGGACUGAGCAAGGACCUGGGGUAUAGCUUGAUUGAGAUCAACGGAAAGCUUCAGGCAUUUCGGGUUGGAGACAAGUCACACCCAAGAUUUAAAGAUAUCUUUGAAGAGCUUGAAAGCCUGGAGAGGAGGUUGAAGGAGGCUGGCUUCAUCCCACACAUAGAGUCUGUUCUUCAUGACUUGAACCAAGAAGAGAAGGAAGAAACUCUCUGCAACCACAGUGAAAGGCUAGCAAUCGCCUACGGGCUUAUCAGUACUGCACCUGGAACUACACUCAGGAUAACGAAGAAUCUCCGGGCAUGCAUAAACUGUCAUUCAGCAACCAAACUGAUAUCAAAGCUUGUGAAUAGAGAGAUAGUUGUUAGGGAUGCAAAUCGGUUUCACCAUUUCAAGAAUGGAGUUUGUUCUUGUAGAGAUUACUGGUGAAAAAAAAAAAUGUGGAUAGCUCUUCAAAUUCCAACUCUCUUGCUUUAAGUAAGAAUUUUGGCAUGAAAUCAAUAUUUUCUUGAGGCAUAUUCAGAAAAUUACAGGCGAGGUGAGUGACCAUUCUUAAUGUCACAAGAUUUUCCUUUUGUACCAUAACUUUAAUAAACCUAAGGCUCCAUGCUUUCCCCUUGGUAA